CUCUUUCAUCUCUCGCACACAAACAAUGACUUUGGCUCCCACCCACUGCGCUUGUCUCUGCUUCAUCCUCUCGCUUUUACUGGCAGUAUCCCAGAGUAGCGCCUACGCAUUCAGCAAAAGAGAUGAACUAAAAGACCUUGUGAUAAUAGACUUUCAGAUCCAUCGAGGUGACAAUCUCAUUGAUUCUUCGCCAGAUAAUCAGCCUAAAUUUGUCAAAAGAGACGACUAUCACAAAGCUGUUCUAACAAACGAAUACACCUUCUAUUUGGCCAAUUUGACCAUUGGUAGUGACGAUCAAAAUGUCAGCGUAAUAAUAGACACUGGUUCCUCUGAUCUAUGGGUAACUCGUUCAACCAACCCUUAUUGUAUCAAUUCAAACGCUAAAAGAGACUUUGUUGACUUUAUUGAUUUUGACAUUUCAAAUAAGAUAAUUGAAAAUCAAAACAGCACCAGAUGGAUUGAAUCCUUCAAGUCCCACAAAUUCGUCAAAAGAGACCCCAAUCCUGCUCCAGAUCCUGCUCCAAAUCCUGAGCCUAAUCCUGCUGUUACUGAAAUUACUUACCAUGGAAAUGUCUACACCAUCGACGUUCCUGAUGGUGCAACAAUUAUACAUAUAUCAACUCUUGAUCCUGCAAACCCUUCUCAAGGCACCCUUGCAUCUCAAAUAGAAACUAGAACAAGAAAUAUUCCAACUCAAACAGGAUCAAACCAAUACAUCCAAGCUACAAUCGAUUGCGAAGAAUAUGGGGUUUUUGACGAGGACUCCUCACAAACAUUUCGCAACAAUAACACUGAAUUUUUUAUUCAAUAUGGUGAUUACACAUAUGCUCUCGGUACUUGGGGUUAUGACGAUGUUCACUUCUCUGGUGUUACUGUUACAAACCUCAGCUUUGCUGUAGCUGAUCAAUCAAACUCUUCCUUUGGUGUCUUUGGUGUUGGUCUACAGGGCCUACAAUCUUCUUUAACUCCCUAUUCAAACUUCCCAAUGAAAUUGGUCGAGCAAGGUUUUAUCCUUAAAAACGUUUACUCCUUAUAUCUUGAUAACUCUGAGGCUGAUUCUGGCUCUCUUUUAUUUGGCGCAGUCGACCAUGCCAAAUAUUCUGGCUCUUUACAAACUAUUCCUCUUGUCAACUCCAUUCCAAGUCUUAGUCGAAUUGUUCGUUUCGAUGUCACUUUAUCUGAGAUAUCCAUAAACUCCUCCUCAAAUAAUUUUGACUCAAUGACUAUAACAACCUCUACAAGAGCUGCCCUAUUGGAUUGUGGUACUACUUUAACAUAUGUUCCAUCAACUGUCUUUCGAAGAAUUGGUCAAGCCCUAGGUGGAACAUACUCUUCUCAAAUCGGUGGUUACAUUGUUGAAUGUUCAAUUGGUAAUGAAGACGUUUACAUUGAUUACAAUUUCCAAGGUGUAAUCAUUCAGGUCGCUUUACAUGAUGUCUUAAUUCCUGUGACCUCAGGCAGAAACUCCUAUUGUGCUAUAGCUAUCUUUGACAGUGGUAAUGAUAGAGUAAUCUUAGGUAACAGUUUCUUAAGAAGUGCCUAUGUUGUCUUCAAUUUAGACGAUAAUCAAAUCUCAAUAGCUCAAGCUAUUCACAAUGCUAACGAUUCAGAUAUUGAGGUAGUUACUUCAACAAUUCCAAGUGCUGUAACCGCUGCAUCCUACUCAAGUUCAUAUACUGCUGUUGGCUCAGAUUCAAUCACUUCGCUUUCGCCAAAUAAUCAACAAAGCGGUUCUUCCUCCUUUUCUUCCUCUUCAAAUGAAUCAAGCGAUAGUGGCGCUUCUCAUUUUGAAGUUUUCGCCUUGCCUGUAUUUUUAUCUAUUUUUUUGGGAAUACUAUUCAUAUAAUCACUUCAUAACUCCAUUUCAUUUCAUUUAAUUUGUUUUGAUAUUUGCAAAGGUAUUUUACGGAAUCAUGGGUUUUUAUUUUUAUUUUAUUUUACUCAAUUUUUUUAUUUUU